AUGCCGACACCAAACCGAUUCGGCAAACCUGCUACGGCCAUGAACCUGCUGCUCACGUACUGCCUUGUGGUCCUGUAUGGCUUCGGUAACCAGCUUCAAGCUCCUCUGGAGCCCUUCCUGGUCGAAAGACUGGUUGGCCAGGGUGACACAUCGGCGAGUGCUUCGUACGGGCGCUUGCAGUCCCUAUACUGGGGAAUACAGAUUGUCGGUUCUUUCCUUUUCGGCUGCUUGCUUGACAAAGUCGGUGUGCGUCUGGGUUUUGGGCUGAACUUCCUUUGCUGUGCUGCGACGUACUCUCUUCAGUCGGCUGCGGGCAGCAUGGCAGCCCUCUAUGCCUCGAAGAUCCCAGGGAUUGGCAUGAACGGAGUGUUGUGUGCACAGACAGCAGUAAGUCAGUUUACGGAUCCGGGCCCCGAGCGCUUCCAGGCACUGGGGCGACUCACCACAGCCUACACUGUAGGCGGUGUCAUCGGCCCCUACUUGGGGGGCCUUCUAGGGGCCAGAGGUGGUCACGGCUACAUCCUCGGCGCCAAGGUGGCCACAGGCAGUGCUCUUCUUGCAGCAUUCGGCAGCGGCUUGCUGGCAUCACCCACCCAGCCCCAGGAGCCCCGAGCCUUUCAGGGCGAGCGGCUGCCACUGUGGCAGAGGCUUGGCACCGUGGCAAACAAGGCGGGUUUUGUGCUUGUUGUGAAGCUUUUAACCUCUGUGGCCAAUGCUGUAGCCUCCUCGACGCUCAACCUGGUCUUGAAGAACGAGCUGGGCUUCGCAGAGGCCGAUCUUGGUCUGUUCCUCUCAGCGCAGUUCGCUUGCGGGGCGGUGGCCAACGCGGUUUUGCUGGGCCCAGCCAGUCGGCUUCUGGGCGGCCGGCCCAGCGCGGUGGUCCGCAACUGUGUUGCGGCCUUGGCAGUGGGCUAUGGGCUGCAGGCAGCCGCCCUGAACGUCGGUGGCCUUAUGCAGCUGACGCCCAGUCUUCGGCGAAGCACCUUCAUCGGGAUCGCGCUCAGUCUAGCCCUCUUCCAAUACAGCCUCGCGACGAGCAUCACAGCAGAGAGUACCGAGCUCGUACCCAAGGCCAUGAAGGGUACCCUCCUGGGCAUGGAGCACUGCCUGUUUUCGGCAGCUCGGGCUUUCAGCCCCGCCAUUGGCAUCGGCAUGUUGGACGACUACGGCACCUGGGGCUUGUACGGAUCGUGCUCCUCCAUUUUGCUGGCAACCUACCUCCUUUGGAUCACCACUUACGAACAGGUUGACUUUGCCGCGGGCAAAAGGAUCCGCUGA